CUUUUACUCUUAUGAAAGCAAAUUCAAUUAGUUCACCAAUAAUUCUUCAUUUGGUUCUAGGGAUGGUAAAAAACAGUUUUAAACAUUUCGCCGAUUUAAAACAGGGAAUAAUUAAAGUCCAGAUAGUUAAAUCAGAAUUUAAAUAUA